CAGGGCUCUUUGCGGCAUUGCUCGCGUGGGCGUCUUCCCUCCCCCGGGGAGCUCGCGGGAGGAAGUAAGGGGCACCUCGCCGCCCUCCGGUGUGACUUCCCGAAGAUGCCUUUGCUGGUCAAUGGGAAGCGGGUCGAGGUCGCCCUGCUCGCCCGAGAGCCGCUUUAUUCCUACCCGGAGCUGGAGGAGAGAGCCACAUUCCUCCGAAGCCAGCCGGCUCAAACAGUGGGACCCCGUGGCCUUUUGUACGUUCAGCAGAGAGAGUUUGCAGCAACCACUCCUAAAGACGGGUCUGUUUCCGUUCUAGGUUCUGACGACGCAACUACCUGCCACUUGGUAGUACUCAGACACACAGGCAGCGGGGCCACAUGUCUGACGCACUGUGAUGGGUCAGAUACAGACAAGGAAGUCUUAUUGAUUGCCAACGCAGUCAGAGUGCUCUCUCCUAACACACAAUAUGGAAGGUUGGAAUUGCAUCUGGUCGGAGGCUUCAGUGAUGAUCGACACUUGUCCCAAAAACUAACCAAUCAGCUUCUUCGAGCGUUUGAUCGCUUGCAGGACAACAUCCAUUUAGUGACAUUCUGUGUGACAGAGCUGAACGACCGGCAGGAAAAGGGCAAUCACUAUCCACACAUUUAUGGAAUGGCAGCAAAUGUUAAGACUGGAGAAAUUUUCCAUGCAACAUUUCCAGACAAAGGACCAGAGGAGGAUUUACGGUCAGCCAGUAUCUUAACAGGAGCUCAGAUGGUUAACAUUUACGACUCCAGAAAGGAGCAACUUUGCAUUGGGCCUUACUUCUGGAUGCCUUUCCCGCAUGCGGAUUUCUGGUUAGAACAGGAUGACCAGUACAUCUUGCAGAAUCUUUCUACAUCACCUCAAGCGGAACCGCCUCAUUUCAUUUCCCACAUCCGAGCAACGCUGUUGUGUUUGAAGGAGCACCCUUUUCCUGACAAGACCCUGUUCCCCAGUAGGAAGCCUUGGAUCUAUAUCAAGAAUGGAGACGGCCUCUGGGAAAGGCUUUCUCCCGAGCAAAUCUAACCUGCAGAGGAGAAACUGAGAAAGCGGGGCUUACUAAAUAAGGAGCCCGCAGUCAGAGACUCAGUUGGACUGCAGAAAUGCAUUGUAAUAGACACAUGUGUCAAAAGAGGCAUAAUAUGGAAAAAAAAGUAUUAAGGCCUCAUUUUCUACUGCAAUGUGCAAUGCCUAAUUAUGCCUAAUUUUCUACUGCACAACUUAAGUGUUUUAAUACUCGUUUGCACAAUAGGCUGCCUAAGGGCAGGCGUCACAAUCUUGUAAUACCUUGGUGGAUGCAACAACGUUCUUGCAGCAACAUUGGAGUGACAGGAUUCAGCUUGUCUUAUAAUAAUGCAACAGUGGAUAUACUUAGCAUAAAAAUAGUCUAUGCAUUGUUCUGUAAGACAGCAGGAAGAAAAAAGGCCACGCCUACAAAGCCAAGGAAUUAAACAAAAUGAAACAUUGGUGCCAUGGGGGAAAAUUUUAUUCACUCUUAUGUGCCUCAGUACAUUUUGCUCAAAGCUUUCUCAGGAGAGGGAUGGAAUAUAAAUAUAUUUUUAAAAUAUUUAUGUCCCAGUACUCAAAGACAUGUUAAAAGAUUAUACACUUACAGGAAAAAUGUUUUCUAUAAAUGUAUUUAUGAAAAAUAUGUACAAAGUUGCAUUGUGACGUCUUAAAAAUAUAGUACAUUUAGCAAAAUAAUGCAAUCAUAUUGGAGGAUGGAAAAAUAUAGGAGUACUAAUAUAUCAUCAUGCAAAUUACAUUAAAUUUACAGUAAUACAUUGCAAACAGAAGAGAUAUCAAAACUAACCUGCACCACUUAAAACACUUUUUCUUUACACAUGUAACCUUUUGAACGUGUAUUUUAGUACUGGGAAAUAAAUCUCAAUGCUCAAUAGAGUGGAAAGCAAUCAGGGAACUACUCCUGACUGGAAACCAGAAGCCCCUGAAAAUAAAUCUUUUUUUUGUGUGUGUGAAAAAACGUUAAGGCACAUCAAUUGAAUAAAAAUUGUUCCCACGGUGCCCCUGUUUGUUUCAAAAGUGAAUGAAAUUUAUUUCCCCAGCAUCCUUGUUUUCUUUCUUCAUUCCUUUCUGUCAUUCUAUAAGAGCAUUAUAUAUGUGUUUAGGAUUGUGUAUAUUGCAUUCCACGCUGCCCGGGCUUUUGCCAUUUCCUGUGUCACCAAAGUGUCUGACCUAAGUGCAAGCAGGAUGAAAUUAAACUGCGCACUAGUAAUGUCAUUAACCAAUAUUCGGAAACGUGCUUAGAGAAGUGAAAUAAAAAUGUUGAAGUGGGGGGGAUAGCCUGUUUCCAAAAUAUCUGCUCUUCAUAGUCCUUAAAUGUUUCAGUGUCUCCCCUGUGUAUACAAGCAGCUCUCCACAGCUUUGGUUGGACUGUGGUUCAGUGCUAGAGCUUUGCUUGCUGAAUGGCCUCUGAAAGCCAGGGUGGUGUAGUGGUUACGAGCAGUGGUCUCUAAUCUGGAGAACAGGGUUUGAUUUCCCCCCCCACGUGAAGCUAGCUGGGUGACCUUGGGUCAGUCACAUUUCUGUCAGAGCUUUCUCAGCCCCACCUACCUUUUUAAACUCCAAAUGUUUAUUGCUAAAAAAUAAAAGACUUAUCUGUAUACUAAAAA